AUGCAGCACACUUUCUUCUCAACAGCCGCCCUACUUGGCGCCCUGUCAGCCGUCAAUGCUUCUCCUGCGCCCAUUCUGAGGCGUGACAUUAUCACCGCCCUCCCAGGAAACGCCGACGAGAUCGAGAACAAGUUCCAGCCAAUUCUUGACUUUGAUACAGACGGCUGCUACAACACGGCGGCCAUUGACCCUGACGGUAACACCAACCCUGGCAAGGGCGCCACCGGCACUCCUCAAGGUGACUGCCGCGACCCUCCUCAGCUCGAGAACAGCAAUGUUUACUCCCGGCGCCGCUGCAACAACGGCGUCUGCGCUAUCAUUAGGUACGAGUAUUACUUUGAAAAGGACCAGUCGGUCAGCGGUCGUUUGCGGGCGGUCACCGUCACGACUGGGAAAACGUAG